AUGGAUAGCGGCUGCGGGCUGCGCUGCGUAGCUCCACUCCGUGUCACACUCUACUCUGUUGAUUGCCAUGCUCGAUGUGCUGCCACUACAAGAAGCAUUAUGGCGCACUCUUCCAGCACAGAGCAUAGCUCGCAGUCGCAGCCAACAAAAGAAACGCCGGCGGCCGGCCGGCGGGGCACCAUGAUGCCGUCCCUAUCCCCUCGAGCUACAACUACAAGCACGCGCGCCGUCGACCCCACCGCCCACAGUGCCUCCCCGGAGCCACGGCUCUCCUACUCCCCGGCCGCCACCGCCACCCCUUCGCGCGCCAGCGACGACUCGUGCGUGGUCAACGACGUCGACGCCUUCGCGCGCACCAUCGCCGCCAUCCGUUCCAGGCCGCCCGCGGCUGCCGCCGCCGGGUCCGGGAGCAGCCUCGCCUCCGUGCUGUCGUACUACGCGGCGCGGUGGCUCCCGGACCCCGCGUCGUCCCCGUCCGGGCGCUUCCUGCUCCCGCCGGAGAGCCCCACGGCCGCGUGGCUCAGGAAGCGGCUCCUCCUCGAGUCCCUCGUGGCCGCGCUCCCGCCCGACGACGGCGACUGCGGCAAGGACGGCGGCAAGAGCGACGGCAUCACGUGCGACUUCCUGCUCCGGCUGCUCCGCGCGGGGAGCACGGUGGGCGCGGACGCGGCGCUGCUCGGGGACCUGGAGGCCCGCGCGGCGCGGCGGCUGGACCAGGCCUCCCUGGGCGCCGUGAUGAUCCCGGCGUUCGGCGGGCUAGCACGCGGCGCGCUGGCCCCGUGCGCGCCGUACGCGUCGCCGCCCACGCUGCUGGACGUGCCGCUCGUGCUCCGCCUCGUGCGCGGGUUCCUGCGGGAGGGCGCCAAGGCCGGCGGCGGCGGCGCGGCCGCGGCCAGGGUGGCCAGGCUCGUGGACGCGUACCUGGCGGAGGCCGCGCUGGAGGCCGGGCUCCGGCCGGCCGAGUUCGAGGAGCUGGCGCGCGCGGUGCCGGCGCACGCCCGCGCGGCCGACGACGGCCUGUACCGCGCCGUCGACACCUACCUCAAGGCACACCCACGCGCGACCAAGGAGGAGCGGCGGUCGCUGUGCCGGCUGAUCGACGCGCGCAAGCUGUCGGCGGAGGCGGCCGCGCACGCCGUGCAGAACGACCGCCUGCCGGUGCGCUGCGUGGUCCAGGUGCUCUUCCUGUCGUCGGUGCACGGCGGCGGCGGCGGCAAGCUCGUCGCCGGCCACCACCGCCUCGCCGAGUGGAGCGGCGCGGGAGGCGGCUCCUUCCGCGACCCGCAACAGAUCAUCAGGAGCCCCGCCGCCGCCGCUUCCCUCGACCUCCCCUACUACGGCGCUGCCGUCGCCGCGGGCGGCAGCGCGCGGUGCCCGUCCAAGCGCGAGGUCGCCGUCGCGGCGCAGCACCACGAGCUGCGGCGCCUCCGCGAGGACGUCGCGCGCCUCCAGGUGCAGUGCCACGCGCUGCAGGCGCAGGUGGACCGGCUGGGCUCGGAGGGCGGCCGGCGGCGGCGGGGGCUGUUCAGGUGGGGCGCCGCGUUCCUGUUCGGCGGCGGCGGCCCGGGCGCCAGCGCGACGUCGAGGGUGGACGACUCCGACAGCGGCGUGGACAGGACGCCGCUCAGCGCGGGGAAGCAGGGGCGGGGCACGCCGACCGUGUCAAGGUGGCGCAGGUCUCACUCCUGA